AUGCCUCCUCAUCUGCACCCGAGGUCGCGAAUGACCUCGUCCCUAUUCGCCACUACAGUUCUGGCCAGCUUCUUCGUUGUUGCCAUGCCACAUCUGCUGCCGUGCCCAGUACCGCGGACGAAAUACGCCGACGGAGAGGUGGUUGUCGAUGAGAACGGCCGACGACGACGAUGGAGACGGAGAGAAACAGUCGAGACACAGAAUGGAAUUGUCCAGUUCAACCAAACCUCAGACGAUGCAUCACCCGAAUCAACAAGCCGUGUGUGCCCGGUGCCCAAGCCUGGCGGCAUCCUCGGCGAAUGGCUAGGAUUUCACAAAGCAGAUGAUCAACUAUCAAGGCGAGCCGACAGAUGA